AUGGAAAUUUCUAAAAUCCCGAAUGGGGUCCAAUCGAUCAAAUUUUUCUCUCAAAUGACGGAGAAGCGGAUGUUAGUCCGCCGCGUCAAGUUACUAUCUAAAGAAGAUCUUCAAAUGUGCAUUUCUGAAAAAUUUCUAGCAAUAGUUUCUAAUGUGAGUUACGAGUUAGUAGAAGUCUGGGACUGGCGGAGUGUGACUCAGAUCAUUCCCAACUCUACAAGUCCCGAGGAGUUUACUUUAGUCCUUACAAAUAGCAAACACAAAUUUCUUUCACAGAAUCGGAGUUAUUUACUUUGUCUUUUGUCGUAUUAUAAGUCGAAAAGUACUUCACAAAAUGCGGUGACGUAUUCCGUCAAAAAAGUGAAGCCGAGUGGGAAAAUCAUUGAAAUGUCUCUUCAAGUCCGGAGUUAUGGAGUCGUCCAAAUGCCCAAAAAAGCCGACCAAAAGGAGAAGAUCAUGUUCUUCAGUGACAUUUUAAAAAUCAUUCCACUGAACGACUCAAACUCUUUGGCUUUCAUUCACGAAGGCAACGAAUUUGAAAUUUACACGUUCAACGACAUUGCAAGAGCCUCCGCGGACAUCAUCGCAAAGACAAAAGCUCUUUGCAUACAACUACAAAUAGUCGAGACACUUCCUAUGGAAGAUCUCUUGGAGACUUCUAAUGUGAGGAAGGCGGAAGCCGAGAACUCCAAUUUACUCGGAGAAGUGCGCGCGAUGCACGGACAACUCAAACCAGAGAAGAUCGUGUGCUUCACUGAAAAUUGGUUCAUCGAACGCGACGCCGCAAGUUAUAACGUGACGUUUGCAAAAAAUCUGAAUUUGGUCCAACACAUCUAUAGAGGCAACGAUGGGAUGGAAGUGACGGUUUCGUUCACUGAUGGCACAGAGCGAAUGUUCUUAACAACACAGCGCGAGAACUUUAUAGUGUCGUUGUACGACUGUGUAGUUGCUGCUAAGGGGGAUCCGAUCAUCUCUGAUAUGAAACUGUUUGGGUCUUUAGUUAUCGACAAGAUGACUGCAGCCGAGUCCGGGAAGAUGGAGUUGUCCCUUUUAAAGAACCUCUCGAACUUCGAUGGGACGAAAAUCACAGGCAUCGACCCGACUGAGUUAUUCAUGGUGUAUGUCUUCUUAUUUAACAAUAAUGUCUCUCCCAGUGGGUUACUCUUUGAGAAGGACAUCCGGAGUAAAUUGAUCACAAAAGCCCUUGAGAAAUUGAUAUUCAAUGGAAAGGCUGGAGAAGGGUAUUUGCAGUGUCUGCAGCGACUUUUAGGGACGAAUGCUGGCUAUGAAAUGUUUGUAGAGAAUAAGGCCAUUCAAGAUAAAGUGAUAGAAGUGUUAAUUAAGGCCAUGGGAAGUGCCAAGAGUAUCAUAGUGUUUUGGGCUCUCAAAGUUAUUGUCACUUUAUUAAACCCUAAAGUCGAAGAAGACUUAGAAAAGCGUGGGAAGUUAGUUGUGUUAUCUCGAGGAGUUUCUGAAGAGGUCUUCUCCGUGUUAGAAAAGAAUAUUAAAAAUGGGGAAGGGCUAUUAGUGUAUGGGACAGUGAAUGUUUUCCGAUAUGUUGUUUGUGAACCCUAUUCCUCAACGACUGAGUUCGCGAUGUUUAAUAAAGUGAUGGGGAUCAUUAGUAAACUCGGGAGAAAUAUGUUUGCGUUGUUCCAGAGUCCAUCUAUAAGUGUUCCCCAAGUUGCUGGAGAGUUCUUAAGAGCGUUAGUUGAAGAGACUGAUAUGGAAGAAGCUAUUAAAGAGUUACAAGACUACGCUUUGCUUGAAGGGAUAACCCUCCAAUAUCUUCAAAUAAGUUACAGUACAGAAGAGCCUCCA